AGAGCGUCAAGGUUUGUAGGGAAGUUGAGUGGGGUGAAGGACGCCAGGACGCGAUGCCGACGACGCAUGGAACCUCAUCACACGGCAAGUACCGGUCGAAGGAUAACCCGAGAGUGUAUCCUCGUACGAGUGGCGCCCCGUCAGCUCCACCAUCCUGGUCGAAUCAAACACACCAUGGGCACCGUGCCAAAACCUCAACGAUUGAGGAUUCCCAGGCGUCGAAAACACGAAUGGAACAACUCAUCGCGUGGCGAGCCGCACGAAACAAAACUGCGGAAGAUGCAGUUGCAUCGAAUCCUGAGAAGCAGCGCCUUCUCGAUCGACAACCGGCGUCAUUCAAAACACCUAUCUCCACCGAUGGUUUGACUGUGUCGGUGCAACCUGCUGGCGAUGCUACACACACACGUCGACUGUGCCAUGUCGUCAAAGCGACCGCCGUGGAAGAACCACCUCGUCCGUCAUCACGACAUCUGCGCAACUUCCAAUUUGGCCCCAUAGAAGAGAAAUAUGUCCGACAACGCGAAGACGUAGAUGUCGAGAAGGUCCAUGAAAAGACUGACGUGCCGACACCGCAAACGCCUCCACAACGUCGACAACUAGCGAUCAAAUUGGACUUUAGCUCUCCUGCAAUGGACAACGACGGCCACCGCGAGGAUGGCUUGAAACAUGUCGUUGUUCCUGCAACUUUUAAUCCCGUCGCCAGCCACAGCAAUCGCCAGGCCGCAUUCGUCAAGGGCACAACGUCUCGUUCCCAACAGCAUAUUCCGGUGUAUCAGGCGCAUACGAUUGCAUCGCUAAACCACCAACGCGCCAUGGCCGAGCGCGCCGCCCAGCGAUCGGCCGAGCAGUUGCAACUCCAGCGUCAUUCUCGUCGCCCCCAAUUGGACGAAACGCGGGGUCGAAUGCAACGCAGCAAGUCACAAGAUAGCAACCACGCACGAGGGGAGCGAUCCCAACGGCUGCAGCGGUCAAACAGCCAACCGAAAACGACUCGACAUAUCGAUGCUGCGUCGGUUCCGCCUGCGAGAACGUUGCCUGCCUUUGACGACGACCUAUCGAUAGCCGAAGGUAUUCGUCAUGACGUAGACAACAACAGUUGGAACGGUGGUGGGGACGUGGACAAAGGGCCACCUGGUGCUGACGAAAGGCCAAGUGAUGUCGACCAAGGUCCAGACGUCAAGCGACGGCUUCAUUUUGAAACAGGGGACGAUCAAGUCGUGGAAACAUGUUCCCCAGAGGAUGUUGCGGUGGCAUCGCCUGAACCAGUAGAUCAAGAUGAUGUCGUGGCGUUGUUGUCGAAGGUAGCUGGUACAGUGGAAACGCCCGAGCAAGUGCAUGACGAUAUGUUGAGAUUUGAAAUCCACGGCCAAGCGAACCUUGGCAAGUCGGCUUGGAUCGACAAUGCCAACAUGGUCGAGACGGAUGGCGAUCCGAGUGGGUACCAGUCGCCUUCCCACUCUCCUGAACAAGAAGACCCGAAUGAGUUGAUCAACGAAACCAACCAGUGGUUGUGGGAAGGGCUCGAACCUGCACCGGAAAUCUCGACCCAUUUGAAUGUAAAGCCCCGCGACGCCACGACGACAUGGGAACCUGUGAGCAGUCCGGCCGUUGCACGGCACAUGGACGAUGGACAUGACCAGCACAGCACCCCACUGGAGACCCAUCACGAAAACCCCUCGCUGUGCAACGUCGAACACUACCCGUCCCACGGCGAUGCCUAUGACUGCGGCGCUCGAGCGGCUGAACGACAGCACGACAACUUUGACACUUGCCCGAAUAUGCAUCCAAACCAUGCGAAGCACGGGGGCGGCGACGACACCUGGGGCCUUGAAUCCACCCCUAGUGAAGGCGACGAUAACUUGUCGACGGAAGAUGGUCUACCUGAAGAAGAUGGGGGCUUCGAGGGCGACGCCGCGUCCUGUUCCACUCAAAGCGUCGAACUCGACUCGCCCGAGUUGCAAAGUGAGAAUGAUCUGGAUCCAAACAACUGGGUCCGUGGACUCCCACCGCUACCACCAAGUCCCACAGGUGCACCCUCGCCUUCCGUGUCCCAGAAGUCGUGGAGCAUGGCCAACUCUCCCGAAUCGUCGCCAGUGUUGACGAAACACACGUCUGGCAUUCCGUCGUCUCGGCCAGAAGUUCCAUACGCGCUCGACAUGGAUCUUAUCCACCCAUCUCUGCCUCUUUGUGCGGCAUCGCCGGCGUCGCGUCAAGACUCGAUGCCGACCAUUCAAGUGUACGAGUCACCCACUCCAUCCGUCGAUGCAAAACCCACACCACCAUUGUUGACAACAAAUCCCGACAAUAGCCAAGCGCAAGGCCGCCAACCCGUUCGAAAACUCGAUGUCGCGAGCUCUCUGCAGCUUCGACAACGACCAGCUAGGCGAAGUUUUCUGGGCAUGACCCCGCCUCGACCUUUGGUCACCGGAGUGACGAUGCCCCCGGCAUUGUCCGUCCAAAGCGCUGUUCAGGCAAUAAAACCACAAGCCGAACGGCAUGUUCCAUGGCCUCAAGACGAACCUGGCACUGCUUUUUUGACGGCCAAGCAUGAGCCUCGUGCAAUUGUUCAAGAUGGGUGCUCUGAGGCCUUGCCCCCUACAUCUGCACAGCGUUCAAAUGAUGGAUGGGAUGACUGGCCCGCAUCACCGCAAAAUGUUGCUCCUGCCGACCACGUCGUCUUUGACGUGUCUCGCGAUGUGGCAACUCCAGUUCGUUCUCCUUCAAAAAAUGGUUUGGCCCUGCCACAAUCCUCUGCAGCGAUCUAUCCGGCCAACACUGCUGUCGAUCCAAUGGCUGAAUGGGCAUGGGAGCCCGACUACGAGAGUCCUCCACCUUCGCCGCAGUUCGUAGCAACGGGCAGUGUAAGUUGUUUCCCUGUGGUGACCCGUGGAGAGGAUGCCACCACCUGUCCGCUUGUCCAGCCCCGUUUGUCCCCUGCACCGGUUUCCAAUUCGCCCACCGCGAACUAUUCAUCACCGCCCUCGGUUGCUGUCCCAACUCUCGACAGUGCUGCGCCACCAGUCGAUUUUGCUAUACCAGAAAGGAGUGUUCAGCAAGGCGCACUCGGUGGGCGUUCUGAAGCUGCUAUUGCAAGCAAGUCACACCAUCGCCUCCAUGAACUACGCGACGCAUCGCGACUUGGACUACCAACCUCGCCUCCCCUCCAUGCCGUUACCCCAUCAGUACCGCCUCCGUUGGUUGAUCUUGCUGACGACGUGGAGGACGCCGAGGAGUCGCAAGAGACGCAUAUGUCAUGGCUAGAUAUAGUCCUGCGAGGAAUCGUCGGCGUGGGCUGUGUGGCUCUGUCGGUUGCCGCCCUGCAUGUCCAACUUGGCCAAGAUCUUGUCGUCCAGUCGAAACUGCACCAACUGGUCGCCGAUGUUGAAAGUCUGGCCGCGCAUGCCGCAGCGUACGACGACCGCUUGGCUUCGUGGGGUACGUCCUUGACGCGAGAGCUCGACGCGACGUCGCAUCAAUUGCACCAAGAGUCUUCGUCGAUGCAAGCGGACCUUGAAGCCAUUCUCGUCACCACGAAAGAGCGCAAUGCAAUGGCAAUGGCAGAUGUCGAAGUCGCCCUUGCGUCCGCGCUCGAGCACUUCGAACGCGUCACGGAAACUACAGUGCGCGCACGGUGGACUCAAGAAGGACUGGUUCAAACCGGCGACGCCACGCCGGCGGCAUUGCCCCAAUUCCUCCUCUCCGUUCAACAUGAAAUCGAAAUCGAUCAAGCAGCUCUCCGCGCGCUGCGGCAGACCCAAGCGGACUUGAAUGCUCAAGCUGUGCAAGAACUCAACAACGUCGACGUUUGUGCCGCUAUCGGCGACGAACUCUGUCGGCUUGGAAUACAAGCAAUCUCUGACGACAACGUUGGCGACGACGUCGACACAUGGAUCGAAGACCACAACCGACAGGUGGACGCGGCGGAGAGCGCGUUCGCCACGACUGAGAUGUACCUCCACUCGAUUCUGUUGAUCGAGUUGGGAGUUGUCGUCCUUUUGUGGGUGCUGUGGCGGCUGCGGCAUGUCGAUUUGGGUGUCGACACUGACGACAUCGUAUUCAUCCCGCACAUGGGCCGCGACGACUUGUCCCUGCUGCCUAAGGAGCAUGGCGCGUCGAUUAACGAUCAUGACGGCUUUGUCGAGGACGUGACUACUCACGUUGGUGACCCCAAGACCCCUCAAGUAAUCCGCCAGUUGAAGUUCCAGCCGACGCCACGUAGCGUCCGCCGAAGCCCGCGGUUGGAGACGAGCGUCGUUCGCCGUGGUUAUCUAGAGUGAGGUCCCACACAAGCGCGGGAGGACGACUGCCCACUAAUUUAAUGUCAUGAUCGUUUUGUACAAUGGCCACAA